GUCAUACUGCUGGCAUGGAUGGGAUUUCUAAUUUAUAAACUGCAUGGAGCCUAAUAAUAUAAAUGUGAAACCUGAACCAUUGUUUAGUAAUCUGUCCACUGGAGUGGUAUAUCCUCUUUCCAUUCACGAUCCCGGUAAUAAUCAGUUGAGUCCUUCAUGUACUGUUCUCCAAGAUGAUUCCUUUACAAACUCAAACUCGAUUCGUAUACCUUCAGUCGGUUUUGCGCUUAAUGGUUCCGAUAAAUUGGAUACUUCGACAACAGUAUGCUUGUCAUCCCAAACAAAAACUGAAUUUUAUUCAGAAUCAGAUAAAAGCAAUCACAAUUCAUUUUCUAGUUCUACGGACUCAAACACAAAGCCUUUAUCUGUCCAUUGUGCAGAGGACUCAUCAAAUGUUUUUUCCGCACAGUCAUCGCUACCCUCCCUCAGUUCAGAAUUUCAGGUCCCGAAUCUCCCAAACGAAUGCUCACAUAAACUCCCUGUACAUGCAGCUGCCAAGCCUAGUGAAGCAUUGUUUGUUCGGGCCUUAAUUGGACGUUGCAAGCGCAUAGCUCCCUUGUGGUUUCGGGGCGUUUCAUCAAUGCGUGAACGCAAUCGGGAAGAAAACCGUCGUAUGGCAUGUAACAGUGGCCAGAGCCAAAGUGAUUGGAGUCUCAUAGCAUUAAAGAUCGGAGAAAUGAAUGCUGGAAGUGAAACUGAUGCUGUAUCAAAUUUACUCAAGAAGUUAUAUAAAGAGUUGCCCAGUGACUCAGUAUUUUGGUUUCUCAAAUGUUGGCUUGGAAGUGAGGAUACUUUAAAUGAUCCUCAUUCUUGUGUUAUAAGUCGUGGUGAUGCUAAAGGUCGUAUGCGACGCAUUGAUGGUGGCAAAGGUUCUGAUAAGGUUUGGAGAUUAGAUACAAUCGUCGGUAUGCUUUAUCAUGGUUUACCAAUGUCAAGUACCGAUACCAACAUCAUGGUGCAUACUUGUGAUCAUGAAUUAUGCGUUCGACCACAGCAUAUUCGAUUCAGAGCUAGUUCUGUUGCGCUUGUUGUGGUUUUAAAAGCAUUGGCUCAAGCAGGUUACACCAUUAUCCCACCGUCAAUUGCUGCCAAUUCUGAAGGAAUUGCUUCUAACGUCUCGGAUGAAUAUGUGGAUGUAUUUGGACCUUUUUCUAUAGAACAACUUCAACAAUAUAGAAGUGAAAACUUAAAUCCUGCCAAUGAGUCUAUAUCUAAGCUUACAUUAAGUGCAUCAGAUCGUGACUUAAUCGAUCUGGUUCCAGUUAUUAAAGAUGCUUUACAGAAAUCCGAAACUUCUAUGACAAUAACAACGGGAUCGAUGAGUUUGAACCGCGCCAAUUCAUUUCCAAAUUCAUAUCUUUCAUAUGGUUAUCCUAAAUCACAUAAAUCAGAUUCAUUACAUGAAUCCUUAACAAUGACAACUACAAUAAAUAAUUAUUCAUUGAAUACAAUGAAUUAUUCUAAACAACAAUCACCUAUCCAUCAACAUUCAAUGAAUGAAUUCAAUUGUUCAACAACAGCAACGACAGCAGCAGCAUUGCUAUCUUCUACAAAUAUAAAUACUUCAAUUCAAUCUUAUAACGAUUCCAAAGAUUAUAAUGGUGGAAUUCAUCAUUUCAAAUCUGAACGUUCUAAUUUAAAACGUCCAAGACCAAUAUCACCUAGUUCAUUUCCAUCAUCACCAGCUAAAAAUUCAUAUCAUCAUUAUUAUUCUUCAUCAAGUCCACCACUUCUUAUAUCUGGAAUUCCAUUAAGUAGUAAUAGUAAUAGUAACAGUAAUAACAAUAAUAAUACUAAUCCUCGAAUCUCACAACUUCAUCCACAAAUUCGUCGACCAUCAGAUUCAACAUUAUUAACUAAUGGGAAUAUUUCAUCGUUAAUCUCAAAUAAUCCUGUUAGUAAUAAUACUUCAAGUGCAUUUUAUACUUUUUCUACGCAUGAUAAUUCUGCCUUAUCUAGAUCACUUCAAUGCGGUAAUGUCAUACCUAAUGCUACUACUUCUUCUACUACUACUACAAUUACUACUAAUACUAAUGUUACGACUUCUAUGGUUAACUCUACUUCAAAUAGUUUAUUACCUCAUACUUCUUCUAAUUCUCUUGUAUCACGAUCUAUUAAGAAUGAUCAAGAUCAGUCAAUGUUUCAUGAUCAUGAUCAUCAUUUUCAUUCUGACCAAUCAUUAGUUCAACGACAACACCAAGAAGGUGAAGAAGAGGAUGAUGAUGACGGCGACGAUGAUCAUUCAUCAUCGCCAUUUCUACUUCAGUCGUGUACUAACAUGCAACAACAACAACAACGUCACUGUAAUUUAAAUAAAGAUGGUACAUUUCUUUGUUCACAACCAUAUCUUGGAUUAAUAGUCAGUAAUGGUCCAAUGAAUGGUUUACAUCUAUAUCCAUCUUCUGUUAAUAAUAAUAAUACAAUAAAUAUAACUAAUAAUAACAAUAAUAAUAAUACUACAGUAUCUUGGAUGAAUAGUUCUAAUUACUCAUCUAGUGGAAAGUCAACACCACGGCAACCGGCAAAAAAACGUCCUGAAGCUAGAACACCAACUAUAGAUGGUUCAUUAGAUGGUGAAAAUCUACUAUCAUAUUCUUUAUCAAAUUCAUUAACUAGUACCGUCUCAAUGAUGACAACAUCGACAACAACUGGAUUAUGCAAUUUUGAUGAUUCACAUGCACAUUUAUCAACAAAAUCGACAGAAUCGACAACGAAUACUUUUAUGGUACAUCAUAAAUCACCAUUCGUCCCAGUGCAUAGUAGAAUUGGUCGUCCUAAUUCAACAGAAUUAAUUCCUACUAGUUUAAAUUAUAUAAAUAAUGAUCCCGGUUCACAUUGUCUUUCAUCAUUUACAACAACUAUGACAAUAAAUAAUUCAUCGAAAAAUCAAAUUUCAGAUGAAUAUCAAACAAUAACCGAUGCCAAUGUUCAUUUCUCUUCUACACAUCAUAAUACUAAUAAUCAUGAAGUUGUCGAGGAUGUUGAUGAGGAUGAUGAAGGUGAAAUGGAUCAAGAAUUAGUUGAUAUUAUGGUUGCACGUAAUACUGCUUCGACUGUAUCAAAUUUUUCAUCAUACUCUUCAUCAUCAAAUUUACAUAAUUCAUUUAAACCACAAAUUGGCCAUAAUCAAAUUCAUCCACUUCUAUUAACUUAUAACAACAAUCGUGAUAAUAAUAAUAAUCGACAAGAUUUACAGAAUUCUGAUGAGAUUGGCAGUGCUAGUCCAAAUGGAAGGCGUGUGAUAGCUGCCAUUGUUGCCGCUUUAGCAAAUGUCAGUGAAUCACCAUUGAUGAUGGAGAGUUCAACUCCAGUUAAUAAUUCCCGGCGAAGUGUAUCAGCUUGUAGUCUACCACAUUUUGAUGGUAAUACAUUCAAUGAAGAUUCAAUCGAUUUAUUUUCACAUCCUAAUCAUCAUCAUCAGAAUCAAAAUAAUCAUAAUAAUGGUAAUUUUAUAACUAAUAUACAACAAAAUCCUAUUGGUCAAUCUAUUAAAAAUCAUUCACUGAAUGGUGGUAAUAAUGAAUGGAAUACUUCAAAUAAAUUAAUGACUAAAAAAUCAUUACGAUUAGGGAUUGGCGAUGAACAACCAUUAACUCCACCACCGCCUAAAUUAAUGUCAUCAACAUCAUCAUCAUCGUCGUCGUCGUCAUCGUCAUCAAAAAAACUUCUAACACCUUUAUCAGGAUCAUUGAUAAGAACAACAACAACAACAUCGACUUCAUUUACUGAUGAUCAUACAACAUUAGAUAUUAUUCCUAAAUUAUCACCUAAUGUUAAUUGUACUAUGAAUGAUGAUGAUGAUAAUAAUAAUAAUGUGAACAAUAUUGGUGAAUAUAAUUUAAAUAGGAAAAAUUCAUCACCACAAGAAUCAUCAAUGCAAGAAUUAGCUAGUCUACUACGUAAUUCUCCAGCUUCAGGAAUUAGUCAAGAGUUGAUUGAUAUGCUUGCUAACAUGGCUCAACAAUAUGGAAUGCAACAAUCACGUACAGGUAGUCGUGCCAGUCGUCCAUCAAGUCAAGUUGCUCAACGUUUUUAUCGAAGCCUAGUUAAUGGUUCUGUGUGUGGUUCACCAUUCCCAAUAACUCCUGUUGGUAGUUCUAGUUCGUCAACAUUUAAUUUUCUUCACACUCCUAACAAUUGUGUCGGAGUAAGCGGUGUCUCUGUAGGAGGUAUUGUCACAUGCGAACAAAACAAUAACAUAACACCAUUGAGCUAUUGUCAUCAAACAAAUGGACUAACUACUACUACUACUACUGAUGAUAAUAAUAGCAGUAAUUAUUCCAUGUUACCAACUAAUCAUUUGCAUAGUUUAAGUUUCACUCCUUUGUCUAUUGAUGAUUUAGAUUCAUCGAAUAGUUUACAAAUUCUACCAACAUGUACAAAUCAUGAAUUACUAUUGACAAAUAAUCGUAAUUGUACAAAUCAAUGCGCAAUAUUAAAUCAUCAUCAUUGUUCCUCAUCACUGUCUUCAUCAUCAUCGUCUCAAUUUAUUUCCUCCUCUUCUUCUUCAUCAUCAUCAUCAUUAUCGUCUUCUUCCUCUACUAUAUCAUCGUUUAAUAGUCAUGUCAACAACAACAAUAAUAAUAGCAAUACUGUACCGAUAUCGUCGACAACAUCUGCUUUCUCAUUGCAGAACUAG